AUGCAGACCACUACACAACGACAGCACAACCUUCCACCGACACCUCCCUCCGAACCCACAACCGCCAGCGACCUCCACCCCAUGGCCUCGAAAGCCGACAGCGCCGUUUCCACCUUCUCCUCCACGAGCCCUCUCACCUCCUCUCCCCCGCGAACAAAACACAUCUGGGUCAUCACGGGCCCCGCGGGCUGCGGCAAGACGUCCGUAGCAGAACACCUGCACCAGACCUUCGACCUGCCCUACCUCGAAGGUGACGCCUUCCACCCCCCGGGCAACGUGAAGAAGAUGGCAGAAGGACAGCCCCUCACGGACGCCGACCGAUGGGACUGGCUCAUCCUGCUCCGGGAGACCGCCCUGGAGACGUUGCUCUCCGAAUCGUCGUCGGACGGCGUCAUCGUCACCUGUUCGGCCCUGAAGCGGAAAUACCGCGACGUGAUGCGCAUCGCCGCGUAUCACCACCCACACGUACGGGUGCACUUUGUCUUUCUGAAAGCUUCGGAGGCUGUUCUCAUGGAGCGGGUGAGGGCGCGGCAGGGGCAUUAUAUGAAGGAUUAUAUGGUUCGGAGUCAGUUUGAGAGUUUGGAGAUUCCUACCGAGGAGGAAUUGGGGAGGGAUGUUUUGGCUGUGGAUGCUAGUGGGACGAGUGAGGUUGUGAAGGGGCUGGCGUUGGAGGUUGUCAGGGAGGUUAUGGAUGCUUGA